GAUGGAUGGAUGUGGAUGGGAACCAACUCAAUCAACGGCCGAGAUACCUGCCUCUACCAAAUCUAUCCAACCCCUUUGCUUCCUUGCUCCUUCUCAUGGUCGCGCACGGACCACGGCGGCUAGGUAAACAAGGGCUGGCACCAUGAUACCUGCAGCAGCCGCCGCCCUCCAGCUCCCUCCCACUGCUACUCGCCGCCGGACUUGCUUCUUCUUAGCCCCUCCUCCAUCUACCACCCUUCUUCGCUAUCGGAAUCUCAACCCCUCCAAGCGCCUCCUCGUCGUCUCCUCCUCGCAAUCCAACUUCUCCAAAGCUGUUCAAACGGCAUGGAGGGUUGGCAAGGACGCUGUGGACGCAGGAAGCUCUCUUGUCCCAGGUUCAGUUCCACGGCCAGUUGCUAGGAUAGGUGUUACUUUCGUUGCCGUGUCAGUCGCCCUUUUUCUUCUCAAGUCCGUUAUCUCCACAGCAUUGUUUGUACUGGCGAUGAUGGGGCUUAUAUAUUUCGGCUUCCUUGUGAUGAACCCAAAAGAGGGGUCUAGGGUGAAUGAAGGAGACACCAAUCCAUCGGAGGACCCCGCUGAAGAAGCCCGGCGCAUAAUGGAGAAAUACAAGUAAAGAACCUUGGGUGAGUUUAACAACUGGUGUUGCUCUGAAUAGGUACAUAUAUGAGUUGUGGCCAGCCAUCUGUUCUGAUCUGAUGAUACAGUUUUCCUGAUGGAUAUGUGGGUCUGGUUUUAGAUCAUAGAAUUGAAUUCGAUGAAAUGGCUAUUUCUGGUUUAAAAUUAUUUUAGUAAGAAAGAUGAGAUGGUGCACUGUGCACAAUAGUUAUUGUUUAUACAGUAGUAAUCUGAUAAUGGAGCUCAAUUCAGUUGGUGAUAUAAUUUGGUACCUGUUAGUUUCUUUUUA